AUGAAAGAUAACAUCAUAUCGGGGAAUGCCGAGAGCAGCAGCAAAAAGCGGAGUAGCAGCCCCGCUGAUCACAAGAUGCCGAACACUGUAGAAGAUCUGCAACAUCACCUCGAGAUAAUCGAAGAAAGGAGAAUGAAGGCAUCAUCUCAAGGGAAGUUGUUCGACACACCAGGGCCGUUCAGUCCCGGAGAGGACACCGUCUCCUUGCAAGGAGAAGCAGGGGGAUUCCCCAUGCCACAAAGUAUAGACGUCGAUCACAUGAUCUGCAGUGGCGUCACUGUGGCGGGGUUCAAGCCUCGAGCUAUAAUAAGAAAACGAAGUAAGACAACCAUCCCUCCCACUGCCAAGGACAACGGCUACUGGCAGAAAAGACGCAAGAACAACGACUCGGCGAGGAAAUCCAGAGAAUCCAAGAAAGAAAGAGAAAAGAAGUUUUAUAAAAGGGCACUGGAGCUUGAAUACGAAAACAUUUAUCUCCACGAAUGUCUCCGAUCAGCUGAAGCUGAACUCGCUGCCCUUGGUCAUUCUUUUGUUCCACCCACUCUCGGGGCUCAGACUCACCUGUAA